CCACUGAACCCACUCGGCUCACCACGAGUCCGCACAGCUCGUCGCCUGCGUCGAGUCGUCGGCUCCGUCCGCACACGCGCGCGGCUCCACUGCGCGCGCAAAGAGGAGAAGGAGCAGGCCAUUGUUAUUGUUGUUGGGGCUGUUUCUAGAUAGGCGUUGGUAGCACACAGCUAAGAUAGACGGGCAGUCUGAGAGAGAGUGUGCGUGUUGUAUUAUCCAUAGACAAGUCGGUCGUAGACUCGCCCAGCAUCACACCUGCAAGAGACAGACAGAGAGAGUGAGUGAGAGAGAGAUUAGUGAGGAUCUGGAUGCAGUCAGAUGCGGGUAGCGUGCUUGGCUCGCCCAGGAGAAUGGUCAACUGCGGUGAGGGUCAGAGCAGCGUUCCGGUGAGGAGCAUGUCUUGUUCGGCCAAGAGGAAGAAAGGUCUCAAGCUGUGCGCAGGAGGCUUCUCUCUCCUGCCCCCGUGCUGCCCGGGGCUGUGUGAGGGCAGGCCGGGCGGGGGAGGCAUGCUGCCUGGCUCCAUCUCCCAGCCGUGCCUGCCUGCAGCCGACCCAGGCCCCACGUGCAUCCUCCCGCACCUCUACCUGGGGUCGCAGGCCGACGUGCUCGACAAGGGGCUGAUGAGUCACAACGGCAUCACGCACGUGCUCAACGCCAGCAACACGUGCCCGCGGCCAGACUUUGUUCCCGAGAGCUGCUUCCUGCGAGUUCCCGUCAACGACAGCUACUGCGAGAAGAUCCUGCCCUGGCUCGACCGCUCCGUCGACUUCAUCGAGCAAGUGAAGGUGUCAGACGCCCGAGUCUUGGUUCACUGCCUCGCCGGGAUCUCGCGCUCCGCCACCGUCGCCAUCGCCUACGUCAUGAAGAGCCUGGGCCUGGGCUCUGACGAGGCCUACAGGUUCGUGAAGGAGAAGAGGCCGUCCAUUUCUCCAAACUUCAACUUCCUGGGGCAGCUGCUGGAGUACGAGAAACUGCUCAGGGCACAGAAGGGGAUCCCUCCCGCCCCCAAGAAACCGAACUCGGAGGCCCCCGUCCCGGAACCGAUGACGGAACCGGCGUCCGAGCGGACGCGGCCGUCUGCCUCUCCCGCGGCGGCCGAGGGGUCGCUCGCCACGCAGUCGCUGCAGCAGUGCAUCAGCCGCCUGCGCCUCUCCCCCGAGCGACACGGCCACCACGACUGCAACCGCCUCAAGCGCUCGCUCUCGCUCAACCUGCGGCCGUCGGACGGCGCGCGGGCGGCCGCGCGCUCGCGUGGCGCCGCUUGCUCCGUGCGGAGCCCCACGCACACGGAGGAGUCCUCCAAGGUGUGCCGCCUGGAGGCCCCCGCCGCCGCGCCGGCCCGACCGAGCGCCGCCGCCGCCGCCUCUUCCGCGACGGCGGGAAAAACGACGCUCGCGACGACGGGCCCGAAGGCCGAUGGUGGCGGCGGCGGCGGCGAGGACGGCGGGGUAGAUCCGCUCGGGUCGCCCGGGGAGAAACUCAAAGCGCAGCUCUGGCUCAACCUGUCGGGCUCGACGCAGACCAUGGUGGGAGAGAAGUUCUGGAGCCGGCGCUCCGACUUUGCGCAGCCGCAGCCGCCGGCGAGCACCCCCGUUCCGGCGUUCGGCGCCACGUGGUACUUCCCAGACGCGGCCCCUCUCAACGGGGGCGAGGGCGGCGGGGGCGGCGGCGGCGGCGGGGGCGGCGCCGGGAGCGGAGGAGGCGGAGGGAUUUGCGGGACUCACGCGGACGUUCGGCUGCGCGUGGGCGCGCGCCCACGGGCCGGCGACAGCGGCGGCGGGGAGAGCCUGGCGGCGGUGGAGGGGCCGCGCAGGAGCUGGCACGAGGAGCUGGGCUCCGCUGCGGAGAAGGCGGCGUUCAAACGGCGCAGCUGCCAGCUGGAGUUUGAGGAGGGCCUGGCGGCCGAGAGUCGCAGCCGUGAGAACAUCGCCGCCAUCGCCAAGCGAUCGAGCUUCUCGGGCAGCAUGGAGAUCAUCGAGGUGUCAUGACGCCGUGGACACCCGUCUUGGAGAUCGUGGAAGUGUCGCGACGAAGCCGACAAUGAACGCAGGCGAUGCGAUCGUUAGGAGAGACAUAAAUACGACGGCAACCCGGACACGCGCUCUGUCAGAUACGACCCAAGCGCCACGAGUCCUGGAAGGAAAAUUGAUUUUGAAUGUUAAAUUUAAAGAUGAGACGCUAAUCGCAUUAUUUGGUUUUGUUGGCGGGAGGCGGCGGGGGGGGGGGUUCGUUAAGUAUAAAUUAAAUGCCUGUGUAUUUACCAAAAACUACAUUUACUAGCAGUACAUGGCAGCCUCCGGAAAGCUGUUUCUUUCUGAAAAGGCAAAUGUUGAAUUUCUGGUAGUAGGAAGAUAAAAAAAAUCCAUUAUUGUUUUGUAAAUAUAAAAGGUUUUUGUCUCAACCCCCCUGUUAAAAAUUACGAGGAUUUACCAGCAUCGCCGAGUGAUUGGUUCAUCGUUUCUACCCAACAAACAACAUGGAUGACCGCCUUGAGUCACAAUUCAAACUAAGAAAAUACCCCCUUUCCCCUUCCAAACCACGCCAUAAAUUAUUUGAUGGUUCUGCUUAAUUUAUGACACGCAAAUGCCCAAAAUUGUACAUAUUGUUGUGUAUAUCUUGAAAUGAAAGAGCAAGCGAUGAUAACUGCUCUCUCCAGGAGUUCUUGUGUUGACAUACCUCAGGGUCCCUAAAGGGUUUCGACUUUGUGAGCUAUUGGUUCAACACACGGAUGAUUUCAUCAGGCUCAGGUUUUAAUCUCGCAUGUUGUUGUGAUAAAGAUGCUGAAUCAAAGCGGGAAAGAUUAAAGACUUAAAUAAAAAAUAAAUUGCCUGAAAUAGCUAGCGUAGUGGACGAGGGUGCACCCAUCUUAUUUAUUGUGCAUUGCUUAACGUACAGCAUCGAAAUGUAAAGAGGUCGUCGCAUGGACACAUGAGGGUCAUGCGUGACAAGGGGGGAUGAAUACUUGGUCAGCUUGUAGUUUUAUUCUCCCUAUCUAUCGACGGCUACAAACACGAACGGUCCAUUCAGCUCGUGGCUGAAAGGCUGUUCUGAUAAAACUCCAGUUAUAAAAUAUUUCAGUUGCGUACUAAUGUCAUUUAUAUUGAUAUGGAAGAGCACAAUGAGUGUAGAGCUACAUGGUAGUGAUGUGACACAGCAGCUUUGUAAUCGGCAACUCAUAGGAUCAAGAAAGUGCUGAGAUGAAGCUGGCUUGUGCUCGGUAUAUAUAUAUUUUUUGCUGUCGAUAUUUAAAACUACUAAGCUUGCUUAGUACAGUACAGUAUAUAAAAUUUAAUCCUUAAUGCUGAUUUGCUGUUUAUUUAUAACAACUAUUAUUAAUGCUUGUUAAUUGUGCAAUCACACGGUGGGUUUUUUUGAGCGCAGUGCCCCGUGCCUCGGUGCGGGGCCACGGGCAGCUCGCGAACGCCGCCGCGAGUGGAGGGACGGCGACGCAGCAGCAGCGACGAGAUGACGCUCGCUUCUAUUUAAAGGAAAUGUAUUCAUGCUGGGCUUUUUUCAAGCAUGUCGUAUUUCCUACCAGAGGCAAAGUGGCCGUAUCCGUUCCCUGUAAUUUAAACUCCUCGUACCAGAAAUGGAAUGCCUUCUGGACAAAAAAUAAAAUUAAAACGUAAGUCAGAUGUUAUUGCUUUAACAACAACAACAAAAAUCUAAAAAUGUUAAAAAGCUAAACCGUACUUGUUCUACGCAUUAAACAUAAACGUCAAUUUAAAAAAAACUCACGAAUCGAAAACAAAAAGUGACCAAAUCCUACAAGAAAUGCCGCGCACACACAAAGUAACUCGCCCUUGCUUUUCUGAGACACGAGUGAGCAAUCGUGCAGGGCUUUGCACUCUUUAUGAAAAGUCUUAAAUAACGAUGAGCACAGGCCUGUGUCUGAGGCAGUGAUGCCACGUGGAGGCGAUGUACAAAGGUGUAAAAAUGGCUACGGAGAAGUCCCGUAGCAAGUGUGGAUAGUGGACAAGACAUGCCACGCGUCCCCCAUCUUACAGGAAGGUGCACAAGGCUUGAGUGUAGUUGGCUCUUACAAUGUUGCAUUAACUAGAAAACACAACUGCAGUUGUUCCACGCUGGUUACGUUUUUGUGGAGCCUUUGGGAAUGUGUGAAACUGCAUGCAGAUACACAAGACGCAAAUCAAAUCGAUAACGCGUGCGUCAGAUGCAUAUUAAUUAAGCUCCCGCUGGGCAAUGGACCGUCUUGACUUACUUUUAAGCCAUCUGCGCUGUGUAACUAUGAAUGGCAAUGGACUUGUUUGACUGUGGUUUGACUGAUAUUUAUUUAAGAGUGGAAUUGUCUUUUUUUUCUCCUUUUUACGAGAUCCGCUACACGUUGAAAAUGAACUAAGAAUAAACGAAGUUCUCUACAAACCGAA